AUGGCUACCCUGCUCCGCAGCAAGCUGUCCAAUGUGGCAACGUCUGUGUCCAACAAGUCCCAGGCCAAGGUGAGCGGCAUGUUCGCUAGGAUGGGUUUCCAGGCGGCUACAGACGAGGAGGCGGUGGGCUUCGCGCACUGCGAUGACCUCGACUUUGAGCACCGUCAGGGUCUGCAGAUGGACAUCCUGAAAGCCGAGGGCAAGCCCUGCGGGGACGAGGGCGCCGAGCCUCCCGUCGAGGGAGACAUCCAUUACCAGCGCGGCGGUGGCGUUCCCCUGCCGCCUUCCGACUCCAAGGACCAGGCUGUGGGGGCUGGUGGCGAGUUCGGGGGCCACGACAAGCCCAAGAUCACGGCGUGGGAGGCGGGCUGGAACGUGACCAACGCCAUCCAGGGCAUGUUUGUGCUGGGCCUGCCCUACGCCAUCCUGCACGGCGGCUACCUGGGGUUGUUCCUCAUCAUCUUCGCCGCCGUGGUGUGCUGCUACACCGGCAAGAUCCUCAUCGCGUGCCUGUACGAGGAAAACGAGGACGGCGAGGUGGUGCGCGUGCGGGACUCGUACGUGGCCAUAGCCAAUGCGUGCUGCGCUCCGCGCUUCCCCACGCUGGGCGGCCGCGUGGUGAACGUGGCGCAGAUCAUAGAGCUGGUGAUGACUUGCAUCCUGUACGUGGUGGUGAGCGGCAACCUCAUGUACAACAGCUUCCCGGGGCUGCCUGUGUCACAGAAGUCCUGGUCCAUCAUUGCCACGGCCGUGCUGCUGCCCUGCGCCUUCCUUAAGAACCUCAAGGCCGUGUCCAAGUUCAGUCUGCUGUGCACUCUAGCCCACUUCGUUAUCAAUAUCCUGGUGAUAGCCUACUGUCUAUCGAGGGCGCGCGACUGGGCUUGGGAGAAGGUCAAGUUCUACAUCGACGUCAAGAAGUUUCCCAUCUCCAUUGGCAUCAUAGUGUUCAGCUAUACUUCUCAGAUCUUCCUGCCUUCCCUGGAGGGCAACAUGCAGCAGCCCAGCGAGUUCCACUGCAUGAUGAACUGGACGCACAUCGCCGCCUGCGUGCUCAAGGGCCUCUUCGCGCUGGUUGCCUACCUCACCUGGGCCGACGAGACCAAGGAAGUCAUUACAGAUAACCUGCCCGGCUCCAUCCGCGCCGUGGUCAACAUCUUUCUGGUGGCCAAGGCGCUAUUGUCCUACCCGCUGCCCUUCUUCGCUGCUGUGGAGGUGCUGGAGAAAUCGCUCUUCCAGGAAGGCAGCCGCGCCUUCUUCCCCGCCUGCUACGGCGGCGACGGGCGCCUCAAGACGUGGGGGCUAACGCUGCGCUGCGCGCUUGUCGUCUUCACGCUGCUCAUGGCCAUCUACGUGCCGCACUUUGCGCUGCUCAUGGGCCUCACCGGCAGCCUCACGGGCGCCGGCCUCUGCUUCCUGCUGCCCAGCCUCUUCCACCUGCGCCUGCUCUGGCGCAAGCUGCUGUGGCACCAAGUCUUCUUCGACGUCGCCAUCUUCGUCAUAGGCGGUAUCUGCAGUGUGUCUGGCUUUGUGCACUCCCUGGAGGGCCUCAUCGAGGCCUACCGAACCAACGCGAAGGACUAG